UUGAGGAGGUUCCUGGGAUCUUUGCUCUAGGGCGAAAAGCCUUCCCCGCCAGCCCUUGAAAGAUGAGAACCCACACCCUCCACCUCCCGACCAUGCCGCGCGGCUUUGCCUCUCCCGGGGCUCGAGGCUGCGCUUGCCGCUGGGGAUUGGGCAAAUAGUUUCACCUCUGGAUGCUUAGUCAGACUUCUGUAUUUAAUGACGCCAAAGCAUCCAGCUCCUCUCAGACUCACGUGGCUCAGGGUCUGGGGAGCCGACGCUCAAAGCGUGGCCCCCAGCCCGGCAGCAUCAGUUUCAGCAUCACCCCGGACCUGGUUAGGAAUGCACAUUCUCAGGCCCCGCCCCAGACCUCCCAAAUCCAAGACCGGGGGAGGGGCGCCGUCUGUGCUUUGCUGCUCCUGCGGGUGACUGUGAGGCGCUCGACGGUGACAGCCCCUACCUUGGGGCUUCCUACGUCGCUCAGGCCGCCGGGAGAGCGGAGGCUGCGACAGACGCCUCUGGAAACUUGCAGGGCAGAGAAGAGGCGGCGGGAGCCGGACCAGAGCGGGACCGUCCAGGGCUGCGACUGGUAUCCGGUGCUGCGUUUGGGUUCUGGGCUGCGCGAGGUGCGCUCACUCUCCGCAGCUGGUGCCGCAGCCGGGUGCGGGGAACAGAACUAGUCCGGGAAGAGCAUGUGCAGCAUUUCAGUCAUUGCUAGGCGGGUGUGUACAAGUAGGCCAUACCUGUCUAUGAUUCUUUGAGAACAUUAUGUCCUUUUGUGCCUCUUCUCACAAGGAGUUUUCCUAGCUGUUACCUAUUCAAGACAUGGAUAUCAAAAACUCACCAUCUAGCCUUAACUCUCCUGUCUCCUACAACUGCAGUCAAUCCAUCCUAUCCCUGGAGCCAGGCCCCAUAUAUAUACCUUCCUCCUAUGUAGAGAGCCACCAUGAAUAUUCAGCCAUGACAUUCUAUAGCCCUGCCGUGAUGAAUUACAGUAUUCCCAAUAACUCGGAAGGUGGGCCUGGUCGACAGACCACAAGCCCAAAUGUAUUGUGGCCAACUCCUGGGCACCUCUCUCCUUUAGCCAUCCAUUGCCAGUCGUCACUUCUGUAUGCAGAACCUCAAAAGAGUCCUUGGUGUGAAACGAGAUCAUUCGAACACACCUUACCUGGGAACAGAGAGACAUUGAAAAGGAAGGCUAGUGGAAGCAGUUGUGCCAGCCCUGUUACUAGUCCAAGUUCAAAGAGGGAUGCCCACUUCUGUGCAGUCUGCAGCGAUUAUGCAUCGGGAUAUCACUAUGGAGUCUGGUCGUGUGAAGGAUGUAAGGCCUUUUUUAAAAGAAGCAUUCAAGGACAUAAUGAUUAUAUUUGUCCAGCUACAAAUCAGUGUACAAUAGAUAAGAACCGGCGUAAAAGCUGCCAGGCCUGCCGACUUCGGAAGUGCUAUGAAGUCGGAAUGGUGAAGUGUGGCUCCCGAAGAGAAAGGUGUGGGUACCGCAUAGUUCGAAGGCAGAGAAAUUCUGAUGAGCAGCUGCACUGCCUGAGCAAAGCCAAGAAAAAUGGUGGACAUGUGACCCGCGUGAAGGAGCUGCUGCUGAGUGCCCUGAGCCCAGAGCAGCUGGUGUUCACACUCCUCGAGGCCGAGCCGCCCCAUGUGCUCGUGAGCCGCCCCAGCACACCCUUCACUGAGGCCUCCAUGAUGAUGUCCCUGACCAAGCUGGCUGACAAGGAACUGGUACACAUGAUCGGCUGGGCCAAGAAAAUUCCGGGCUUCGUGGAGCUCAGCCUGUACGACCAAGUGCGGCUCUUGGAGAGCUGCUGGUUGGAGGUGCUCAUGGUGGGGCUGAUGUGGCGCUCCAUCGACCACCCCGGCAAGCUCAUCUUUGCUCCAGACCUCGUUCUGGACAGGCUUCUGCAGCGAGAAAACUUGAACCUACUGAGGAUGAGAGGAAAAUCCGGGUAUCUCAGCUUAUUUCUAACAAGGGAUGAAGGGAAAUGUGUAGAAGGAAUUCUGGAAAUCUUUGACAUGCUCCUGGCAACGACUUCAAGGUUUCGCGAGUUAAAACUCCAACACAAAGAGUAUCUCUGUGUCAAGGCCAUGAUCCUCCUGAACUCCAGUGUGUACCCUUCAGCUGAAGCACCCCAGGAGGCUGACAGCAGCCGGAAACUGGCUCAUCUACUGAACGCUGUGACGGAUGCUCUGGUCUGGGUGAUCGCCAAGAGCGGCAUCCCCUCCCAGCAGCAGUCCGUCCGCCUGGCUAACCUGCUGAUGCUCCUUUCUCACGUCAGGCACGCCAGUAACAAGGGCAUGGAACACCUGCUCAACAUGAAGUGCAAAAAUGUGGUCCCCGUCUACGACCUGCUGCUGGAGAUGCUGAAUGCCCACACACUUCGCGGCAGCAAGUCCUCGGUCACAGGGUCCGAGUGCGGCCUGGUGGAGGAAAGUGAGAGCAAAGAGGGCUCCCAGAACCCCCAGGCUCAGUGAUGCCAAGCCCUGAGGUGUGGUCAGGCUGCAGAGGAGGUCAGAGGCUGAAGCGUGAACUCCAGCACAAAUCGUGAGCCCCAUCAGGAGGGGGCGGGCUUCAUCGGCUUUCUGCUGUGUGAUCCCUCAUACGGCCCCUCAAUACCAUCCUUCCCCGACCUCCCUAUUUCCCAGGAGUCAGGGUGAGAAAGCCAGUGCUCCUUGUCACCAGGGGGCACGUUUGAGUGCAGAGUUUAUGUCUUGCUUGGCCUCGUGGGAUCUCAUCAUGGUCCCUCUCACUUCCCAUCUCCCUCCCACCUUUUGGAUAACAUCUUCUUACAGCUUUUGGAAUGACUGGUGGAAAUCUGACUUGGAAGCGUUGUCAAGUAGAAAGGGGAGAGAAUGUGGCACAUGCGCAGGAAGGGGACUAAGCCUUAUUGUACCACUUAACCUGCCCGCAGAAUUAGUCCUUUGUAUGCUGCCUUCUGGACCACUUGAUUGUAGGAUUGAAAACCACGACGGCAGUCAACUAACUGGUUCCACACACCUACCUCACAGGCCUGGGAGGACAGAUGUCACGUAUUGCUGUGACUCUAUCCAAGGCCAGAGGGAAUGUGACCUAGGGAACCAGUGGUCAAGCUGAGAUGCGAGCCACGUUCAUCCCCCAAGACCUUGCUGCUGCCGUCAUGCAGGUUCACCCCUCUCGGUUUGCAUUGAGAAAGCCUACAAAUGACUUGGUGUGCGUGUGUGUGUGUGUGUGUGUGUGUGUGUGUGUGUGUGUGUGUGUUAUCACCUUCAUGGAGGAGUGUGGAGAUUUAAAUACCCCUACCCCUGAAAUUGCCCUUUGUUAAAACUCUUGUCCCAAGGGGCCCAGUGUGUGUGACAGAGAAAGGACCCGUGUUUGCAGGAAUGGGGUUUCUCCUGUGGGGUGUGGGGGAGCAGCCACAACUGCCACAUCAGCCACCCAGGGGAGACAGGGACACUUCAGGCUGUGUGUGUGAGGCAUGCUGUUGCAUGGAAGGAUGAACAGCUACACACACGUCAGCGUGUCAGGUUCAGGGCCAAACCGUAUAGACGGGGUGAGUGUACCACUUGAACAAGAUUGUGAACUCUUAUUUAAAAAAGAGAAAUAUUUAGGGUAAGUAUUUAUAGCAAGAAAAUUCUUUUAUACCCUAGGGCUCUUCUAGAAUAUUUUCUUAGCAGAACAUUUAUAUGGUGGGCUGGGUGAAAUAAAAAGUUAGUAAAAUAUUAGUUCUUAUUCCAAGUGGAACAUAAAUAGGACACGGUGACAAAGCACCUCUGAAAUUACAAUUUUAACUCACUUUUUAAAAACUGAAAUUUUCAUACAAAUUUUCAGGAACAUAGUGAAUGCAUAAAACGAGUUACAUCUAUACUUUGGAAGAGAGUAGUUAAAUAAUCAUGUGAUUUUUGCAAUGUUUUUAAAAAUUACCUUGUGAUAGGAGAUUAAACACACUUUCUUUUUGAAACUAGUAAAUACAGAAAUGUGCUAGCCACAGUAAACCAAAGUCAUUAGGAAGAUUACAUUCAAUAACAUAAGGUUGCUUUCUGCCAGUGUGAUCUUGAAUAAUUCUUAAUUUUGAUAUCAAUGCAGUUUUACUAAAAAAGUUGAGCAAAGCUGUAUCAGAAACUCUUGGCCAUGUACCUAGAGAAUACACCGUUGUCUGUAUUCUGAGGUGAUUUGAAAUUAUUCUUAGUGACUCGUUGCAGCCUCAGCAAGAUUGAGUACAGCAAAUAUAUUUGAUUUUGUCGGAACGAGGGAACAGUAUUUUUCAGCAGGUCAGUUUUCUCUCUUUCCAGCCAGUUUAGGAGCCCCCAUGACAAACAAGGGGAUGGAGGCUACAGAGUGGGAAGCAGGAGGCAAAGGAAGGCAGCCGUGAACAGUUAUUUGCCCAUGAAAUUCUCUUAAUUGUAUUUAUAAAAGAGACUACCAGGUUGAAAAAGCAAAAAUAAAAAAACAAAAACAAAACAGAAUGAGGUCUAGGCCGCAACCCCAUUACUAUGUAGUGAAGUUUUGCAGGUUGGAUUUUGACGCCAGCGUAGGCAACCGAUUUGUCUCAGGUGUCCUAGCACCUGUCUGUGCCGCCCCCUGUGUGUCACCCGCACGGUGCACACUCUUGUGAAAACUCCUCCACUGCCCAUUUUCCACAGACACUCCUGCAUGCUUCUUGGGGCUGCUUGUUUCACUGCAUUUGGAUUUAGCCUAUGAGAAGCAUGUAACACUUUUGGUCAUUUCUUCUUGGCUGUGGUCUCACCUAGGUGUGCUGAGGAAACCGGUCAGUCGGUCCAACCUGAGAGGCCGCCCUGGUGCAAGGCUGUCUCUUAGACUGGGGUCUGGGCCAAGUAGGCAGCUGAGAUAAUAAGGUCUAUAGUUUAAAGGUGUUCUUUGUUUUGUUUUGAGUAUUCUAGGGCCCUUUCCCCCUUUCAGAUGAAGUGUGAAUCUCUGUUCCCAGCUGCUCCAAACGUGUCCUCUAGGGAUGACGAAGUACAAAGUCAGGCUGCUGUUUUUCUGGGUUUUGAGUAAACCCUCUAUGUCCAUUUUAAAGAUUAGCCGUUUCUCUUUAAUAGUGUUUCUUAAAAAAAACAACAAAACAUAGUGCUUUCUUUUAAACGGCUUCUUUUGGGGGAGGGUAUCUACCUACCCAAAUGGUCUAUGGGCAACUUAAAUUUCUCCCAUAGCUAAGCACAGUGUUUUCAAGUUCAGUUUUUAAAAGGAAUUAACUAGAGAGGAUAGGACCUGACAACUGUAAACAAGAAUUAAAUUGAGUAUUGGAAAAAGAAUAACCCACCCAACUACAUUUUAUGUAUCAUGGAAAAGGGAUGCUCAGCUUUGCCUUAGACUCGUAUGGUGAGAUUCCUUUCCUACAUUUUGGUUUGUAAGUGAUCAUUUAAUAUGACAAACUUAGUUGUGGGGGAUGAGUGAGAUUUGAGCUAUAUUCCAAAAACAUGAGUGUCUAAUAUGGGAAUCAUAUAGACAAAUUUUAAUGAUAAUUAACAUGGAAUAUUCUUAAUACAGAAACCACUAGCGCAGUGUUCACGCAGGUUCCUGGGAGAGCUGGCAGCCACUGAAAAGGACCCACAUGGGCCACUCCAGGAGAGCUGCGCAGUGAGUUGUCCACGUUCCAACUGCAUCUCCCUCCGUCCCCACCACGUCCUCUCCUUGUGGCCUCAGCCCACACUGAACAUGUCACAUGUUCAGUGUCCACCAGGACCAAGUAUAAAGGAUUCAACCCUAAAAUAAUUUUUGAAGAGAUUUAUCUUCAAAAAUUGUGGUCGGAGCAGCAGAUUAAGUUGUCAGCUCAAGAACAUUUCUGGAGGGUCUUAACUAUUAAAAAAACAAUGCAAAAUCAACAAAAGCUCUUCAGUGAGACAGUCUUUAUCUGGAUUACUUCCUCUGCUAACUCAGCUGGGAGACCAAUUAUUUUCAGUUUCACUUAAAAAAUAUCAGUUCCCAAUUCUUGGCAGAGCUACGUUAUAUAUUCAUAUCUAUAAGCUAUGUUGAAGCAAUUCUAGAAUGUUCUAGCAUGUGAAAACCGAGUUUGGUUGUUAUUUAAAUCUGCUAAGAAACUUGCAUAUAUUGACACCUUUUCAAAUUCAAAGGUGAACCUUCAGUUUCUAGUCUACUUUGAAACGAAACAUUUUUAUUUAAGAUUUGACACAUUUCUUUAAACUGCUAAAAAAAUCUUAAAAAGACAUAAUAAAGGUUAUAUGAAGGAAAUGAUAAAAAUACAUUGUUUAGUACCCAAAAAUUGUAUUUGCGGAACAUUGACUGUGUGCCAGGCACAGUGCUCAGUGCCUCAUACAUUCAUAUUUAAUCCUGACACUAAUUGCUGUUAUCCCAGUUUUCUGGCUCUGGAACCUAGAGUCUAAGCAAACUUGCUCAAGGUCACACAGGGAGUAAGUGACAGAGCUGAAAGUAAUCGUGCGGUUUAAAAAAACUAAAGGAAGAAUACUUUUAGACUGCAGAAUCCAUUCGUCAAUUGCAAUCUGACAUGCGCGGCUACUCUGGUUUAAAUGGCUCCAUUUCCAGAACACCCUGUAGAAGAGAGUUCAGUCCCAUCUUUUGUACACGUGUAAAUUACAGCCUGGAGGGGUAAAUGGACCUGCUGAAGGUCAUAAAACUACUUAACGGCAAAACUGGGACCAGAAUUCAGGUCUUCUGCCUGCCUGGCCAGCACUGCUCCUGCUACAGACUUGCUUCCGUAGGAGUCUGCUGCUUGAGCUGAGUCUCGGUGCACAGAGGAGAGACGGUUACGUUAUGGUUGCCUUCUUCUGUACCCUCUGCCUUCUCAGCUUAGAUGGGGUCUGCGUGAACCUUUACAGAAUAGCAGCCGUGACAGGUAGGAAAAAAUAAGAUGAAUUAUAUCAUUCCUACCCUCCCAUCCUGGGCUCAUAAGCUCGUGGGUGGCACUGCCGUCACCUCCUCGUGUCAUCAUUUUCCCCAGAUGUGUUGCCGUGAAGUAGAUUCCCUGGAAACUUACCCGUGUAAAAUUCUCACACCUUUUAGGCACUGAUGCUUCCCCGUGGAGUCUAGUCUACUGCAGUGCAAAACACAUACAUUUAUUCUUUACAGCUCUCCAAGUUGCUGGAACUUUGGCUCAAAGUGGCAGCUCAAAGAUGUGCAUUCUCUGCAGUGUUAUUCUUAUAACUUUUUGUUGCGUUGGAGUCAAGGAUCCUUUUUCUUUUCUUUUUUUAUUUUUGAAUGCUGAGGGUCCUAUUCACUUGUGGGGUCAGUCAGUGUUAUGUGAUGGUGGGCUUCCUUUAUGGGAAGGACAAAGCUCUGACGAUAUGCUAGCCCAGAACAGUUCCUGUAACUCUACAGUCUGUGCUGCUGUGUUUCUCUUUCUGUGCUGGGUGUCUAAGUGCCAUGACUGUAGGUCCUGUAACAUUGUUAUUCAGUGGUCCUGUGUACCUCAGAGCCCACUGGCUGGCUAUAACUUGGCAUUUUUUUCAGAUGAAUGCUCUGUACCAUUAAGCAGGCUUUUAAAUUUGGGCCUUUUGACAAAUGAAUGUCUGCUGUUGUGUGAAAAAGCAGAUUUUGAAACCUGCUUUCCAUUCCUCCAGGUAUUACUUUUUCUUUGCUGUGUGCCUUUAAUGUCUAUGGAACUGUUGCAGAAAGAAGUUUAAUGUGACAUAAGCUAAAUAAAGUGUUUUUUCAUAAUUUUGGUUUUAAAAAUGUAUUUGUUGGGAGUAUUAGAACUUUCAGUAAUUAGGCUAAGUAGUCGGUGUUCCCAUUCUAUUCUGAAUUCUAUUCUGUUUUAGGUUUGCAGAGCCCUUUAAGAAUUCGAUGAAAAGCACAGACACUCUUCCUGGACAAAGGUACAUAAACAAAAUGCUUACAUACAAUUUCAAGAGUUAAGAAUCUCUGACUUAAACUGCUGAAGACGUUUUAAACAGCAGCAAUUUAAUCUUUAGUCAGCUAAUCUCACACCUGUGAUUUAUGACCAAAGGCACUGUAUGCCCAAGUAAAAUGCAGCUCACAAAUAUGAAAAUCCUGAUUUACAAUACAUCAGUUUGGGGGGUGAUUUUCUGUAAUUACCUCAUUUGAGUCAAUUAGUAUUAUACCCCACGAGGGAUGGAGAGAAAAGUAAUUCCUUCAUACUGACGCUAACUUAAUGAAUGCCAAGGGUCACUUGAAAAUUUCUCUUGCACGUGGGGAAUGGAAGAUGCAAAAUCUCUUGAAGGUGUAAAACACAGAUUAUUUCAUAACAAGAGCUGGGGAACACACUGAGCUGUGGGUGAAGGAAGGCUUCCCUGGGGUAGAAGCCUGGAGUACAGACUCAAGACUCAAAGGCCUCUAUCCUGAGAGUUGGUGUGCAUCACUGGACUUGAAAAUGCAAAUAACACUCUCCUUUCUCUGCAACUUGGACUUGUCCCAGAGUCCCUCCUUACAGGCAGAAAAGGUCUCUAGAGUAGGCUGGAAAGCAGGGAAGGAGGUAGAGAUAGUCUGCCUUUUGCCUCUGGAGAACCUGGAGCAAGGACCUUCUAACCAACUCAAUGGCUGAAAGAAAAAGUUUGGGUAAUAUUUUCACUUAAAUUUCCCUCUACGGUUAUUGUAAUCCAUGAAAAGAGAUGGAUUAUUUUAGAGUUAAAGGAGACUUUGAGGUUGCAUGGUAAAGCAGUACCUUUGUGUCCGUAUCACUUCCAACAGUUUGGUAAAGUGAAGACAGUUCUCUUCAGCUGGUCCCUUUACAUAAAGCUACUGGUGAAUUGCACACGUUCUGGGGUGUCUGACCCACAGAAGGGCCACCAGGGCUGAAAUCUGGCCUUCAUCUACUGACAAGCUUCCUUGACUUCCCCAAGGUUUGCACUUUGCAGAGAAGGAGAGAGGGACCGAGAUUGCUUCGAGUCCAUGGUGUCUCCCGACUGUCAAGAGAUGCAGGUUAGGAGCAGGUAAUUGAGGAACUGGGUCAGUAACAACUUUUUUUUUUUUUCACAUUCUUUUCCAUUAUGGUUUUUUUUUUUUCCUGGCUUUAUUUUAUUUUUAAAUUUAUUUUAUUUAUUUAUUUUUGGCUGUGUUGGGUCUUCGUUGUGGCACGUGGGCUUUCUCUAGUUGCAGCGAGCAGGGGCUACUCUUCGUUGCGGUGCUCGGGCUUCUCAUUUUGGUGGCUUGUCUUAUUGCAGAGCACAGGCUCUAGGCACACGGGCUUCAGUAGUUGUGGCACGUGGGCUCAGUAGUUGUGGCUCGUGGGCUCUGGAGUGCAGGCUCAGUAGGUGUGGCGUACAGGCUUAGUUGCUCCGCGGCAUGUGGGAUCUUCCCAGACCCGGGCUCGAACCUGUGUCCCCUGCAUUGGCAGGCGGAUUCUUAACCACUGCACCACCAGGGAAGCCCCUCCAUUAUGGUUUAUCACAGUAUAUUGAAUAUAGUUCCCUGUGCUAUACAGUAGGACCUUGUUGCUUAUCCAUUCUCUGUAUAAAAACCUACACGUGUGAACCCCAGCCUCC